AUGGGUAUUCUAGAAAAAAUUUCAGAGAUUGAAAAAGAAAUAUCAAGGACCCAAAAAAAUAAAGAACCGACAAAAGGUGCCGGAGUGAAGGGAGAAGGAUUUGAUGUUAUGAAAUCAGGAGAUGCCCGUGUAGCCUUAAUUGGGUUUCCAUCAGUUGGUAAAUCAACAUUAUUGAAUAAACUCACAAAAACCCAUUCUGAAGCCGGAGCAUACGAAUUUACAACACUUACGUGCAUACCUGGAAAGAUAGAAUAUAAUGGAGCAAAUAUUCAAUUGCUCGAUUUGCCAGGAAUUAUUGAAGGAGCCUCACAAGGCAAAGGUCGCGGUAGGCAAGUUAUUGCCGUUGCAAGAACAGCAGAUUUGAUUGUAAUGAUGUUAGAUGCUACAAAAAGUAGACAACAACGUUUUUUAUUAGAACGUGAGUUAGAGGCGGUUGGCAUUCGAUUAAAUUGCGAAAAACCGAAUGUCUAUUUCAAGGUUAAAAAAGGCGGUGGAAUCAGUUUUAAUGCUACAGUAAAGUUGACACAUUUGAACGAAAAAAUGGUUUAUCAUAUUUUACAUGAUUACAUACGCGAGGAUAUUUCAGUUGACGAAUUUAUUGAUAUUGUGUUAGGAAAUAGGAAAUAUAUAAAAUGCCUUUUUGUUUAUAACAAGAUAGAUUCAAUAACAAUUGAAGAAUUGGAUAAAUUGGCUCAUGAGUACAACACUAUCGUCAUCAGUUGUGAAAUGGAUCUAAACCUUGAUUAUUUGAUUGAUCAAAUUUGGAAACAUUUGAAUUUAUUGAGGGUCUAUACUAAAAAGAGAGGAGAAUAUCCUGAUCUUGUAGGUGGAUUGAUUGUUAGGAAAGGUGCUUCUGUUGAACACGUGUGUCAUGCAAUUCAUAGAUCGUUAGUUGAUGAAUUUAGAUACGCCUUGGUUUGGGGAACUUCUACUAAACAUAAUCCACAAAGAGUUGGAUUAUCACAUAUAAUAGACAAUGAAGAUGUCAUUCAAGGUAUGACUUUAAUCAAAAUACGUGGAUAG